GAGAGAGAGAGAGAAAACUAGGGCACUAUUAAAUGGCCUCUUUUUCUAAGCAGAAGCAGAGGUUUAUGGACAGCAAGCUGGAGUGAAGAGAUAGUGUGCUGCUGUGUGACUUACGUUUCCCUUCGUGUCUGAGAAGUAAACUAAACCAAAGCGUAAACUCAAGGAUUGUGACACUUUCAAACUACGACACAAAUUGUUAGUGAAUAAUUCUUCAUCAGCAACCAUGUUGGAAGACAAGAGGACCAAGGUGAAAAUCACCUUCCUGGUAAUCCUGGUGGGUAUCUCUUCCAUGUUGGCGGCAGUGGUGACUGACCACUGGGCGGUUCUGAGUCCCAGGGUGGAGCGGCUCAACACAACCUGUGAAGCAGCCCAUUUUGGACUCUGGAGGCUGUGUAAAAAGAGUAUCUUCAUUGUGGAGGAAGAUCCUCAGGGCAAAGGCUGUGGUCCCAUCAGCCUGCCAGGAGAGAAGAACUGCUCCUACUUCAAACACUUCACAUCAGGGGAGGAGGCCGAAGUUUUUGAAGUGAAGACUCAGAAAGAGUACAACAUCUCAGCUGCUGCUAUAGCCGUCUUCAGCUUAGCCUUUAUGACCCUGGGCAGCCUCUGCCUGAUGAUGGCUUUUGGGAAGGGCAGGGACUACCUUCUCAGACCAGCUGGCAUGUUCUUUGCUUUUGCAGGUCUGUGUAUCGUCAUCUCCGUGGAGGUCAUGAGGCAGUCGGUCAAACGCAUGAUUGACAGUGACGAGACCAUAUGGAUCGACUACUACUACUCGUGGUCAUUCACUUGUGCCUGUGCGGCUUUCACUCUCCUCUUCAUCGGCGGUAUCAGCCUGCUCAUCAUCUCUAUGCCACACAUGCCGAGAAACCCCUGGGAGACCUGUAUGGAUGCUGAACCGGAGACCAUAGACUAGUAUGGUAUUAACUGCAGAGCACAGCACACCAUACGACUGACCGUGGAUUCAUUCUAGCAGUGUGAAUGACAAUGAGAUGCAUUGACACAUUGUAUUGAUAGGUGAUGAUAAAGAUGCAUUCAAAUUUGUAAUUGACUUAAGCAUUGACACAGAUGUCUAACUACUUAAAGGGACAGUUUGCCCAAAAUUUCUAAUUCAGUGAAUUUUUAGGUGAGUUCUUCCUAUAAAUUCUAUAUUAAGUUAAAUAUCUAAAACAUAAAUAUUAUCUGUUUUAUGGUAUUCAGUCAUCUGAAAACAUUUGUAUGUGCAUUCAUGCUUAAACGCAAUAGAUGACAGCUUCGAAUGUAUAUUUAUAGACUUUUUAAAGAUAUGCAAAAGAUAUAAUGCUUUAUUUCUGAAUCAGUGCCACUAGAAUGCAACAAAUCAAGUUUUAGAUGAAUGUUAGUUGUUUGACAAUCUUCCAGUUUCAGCAAAUACAGAUUGCAAUUGAGAAUGAGGUGAAACAAUUAACAUUAUUAAUAAAGGUUCAUUCUUUCAAGGUAUGUCAUGCUUUGCUAUAUUAUUGUAUGCAUGUUACAUCUGUACUUCCUGUUCUUAUUGAGUACAGUUGAUCUGCCCCUGUGCUGUCUAUAAAGCAAAACUUCAGAUUCCAUACCAGCAUACUUACUGAGCUUCAGAAUCAUUUUGCUAUUCAUUGAGUGUCCUCCAAAAUAUAUUUGGAGGCUUAAGCCACAUUUCAAAGUGAAUGUCACUGCAUUAGAUAAUAAAUAAGUGGCAUUUAUUUUAAUGAUAGCACAAGCAAACUUUUCAAGCUAAACAUUUCACAAAAAGAAGUUUGUUAGGUUUGAUAUGACAAAAAUAUUACUGGAACAGGUCAACAGUUAAUGUAAUGAACUACACCAAUGGUUACUCUGCUUGGACACUUGUGUGCACCUGAUGGGAACUGACUUAAUAUGCAUUUCUUUUUAAACACUUUUUCAUCAGUUGCUUAAAAGUUGUUGGAAUUUUUUUUAUAGGGUGGCUUUAAGAGCUAAUUCAACACCAAAUAAAAAUUAUCUCAUCAUUUACUGACCCUCAUGC